UUUUAAUCUGUUUGGUACCACCAUUUUAUAUAAAUUUUUCAAGUUUAAUCUUUUUUUUUCCCUUUUUCCCUCUUUCCCUCUUUCCCUCUUUCUCUCUAACCACAUAACAUAAGAAAAUGAACCAUGAAGUUGGAGAAUCAUCACAGCCACCACCACCACGAUCCACUUCAUUACGUCGCAACAUGUCAAAAUCCUCACAAGUUGACGGAAAACCUAGACGACAAAGAUCACUUGUUCGACCUGAACGUGAACGAAACGAUCCCAAUAGCAGACUUUAUCAUUAUCGACAACGAGCUGGUCAAACGGACGAUUUAGCGCCUAGUACAACAGGAAAUGGGCCUCCUAACCAACCUCCUCUUCCUGCUCCCCCACAUAGAGAACAGUUACUAAGACGAGGUAAAAGCAUAUUAGGAAGAGAGGAGAAAAACGAGACCACGGGCGGUGCCAUCACCUUUGUAGAACAAAAGCAAAAAAGUACCGGAUGUAAUCUCUGGAUGACUUACUGUAUCAUUUUAACAUGUUGUAUUCCCAAACAAUUAUUACGCUGUGUAGGUGUGCCUGAUGGUCCUGCUCAGAGCGCUUGGCGAGAAAAGAUAGGCCUUGUCUCCUUCAUUUUGUUCAUCAUGGGAUGUGUCGGUUUCCUCACCUUUGGUUUUACACAGGCCAUAUGUCCUAUCCCACCCAUGAGUGUGAGGGGAGGCCAAGUGAGUAACGGCUACUUAAUCAUUGGAGGUUGGGCCUACAUGCUAGCAGAAUGGUCCCACCCUGUAGGUAUCACCAACGAAACCACCAACAUAUUGUACCCACCUAUCAAUGCAGGUGGCAUGGACGCUUCCUUUUUAUUCCAAACAGUUCAACCCGACUGUGCAUCGGUUUUCAUCCCAAAGCAAGGCGAGCAACCUUAUUAUUUCCCUUGUCAACUCUUCAAUCCCAAUGCUACUAUCGCGCCUGAUCAAACAGGAUACAAAAAUGCUACAAGUUGUCAUUUAUCAUCGAGUGCGCGUGGUUUAUAUCAGUCGUUUAAAACACAGGGAGUGCCUAAAGCAACUGGCCUGGAUAAAGCAGCAAGAGUGUAUUAUGAUUGGAACGACAUUACUGCAACUGAUCUCUUGACUGUAUAUAAUGGAAAUGUCUUGAACCUUAAAUUACUGCAGUCUUUGCCAACAGCUUACUUUGGUGUGCCUGAAGGAGGAUUGAUCUCACAACUGUUACAGACACCCGAAGUAUUUGCGGGGAAAGAUUUAACAAAGACAAUCAACGGUAAUGGUAAAUUAGAUUCAGCAGAAUGGGAAAUGGAAGCGAAAUGUCUAUCUGCCACCAUCAAGGUAGGAUCACUGGAUACGAUCAGCAUUGGUUGCAUGGCGUCUGAUAUUGUGCUUUAUGUCUCCUUGGUUGUAAUUCUGGGUGUCAUUCUUGUCAAAUUUGGUUUGGCCGUGAUUUUUGGUUGGUGUCUUUCUUGGAAAUUGGGUAAUUUUAAAGAAGGUGAAUCGUAUGCUUCUCGUAUGAAACGGGCACAAGAAAUUGAAAAUUGGACUUCAAAUAUGCAAACAUCUGCUCCUUUACCAAAACCACGUAUUCAAUCAACUUAUUAUGGUGCAAAUAACAGUCGCCGUAGAAGUUUGUUUCCUCAAACCUCUAGGUUUACUCAACCUAUGCAUGGUUCCACACGCUUUGAUGGGCCAGGUUCUUCUUCGGUAUGGCGGACUCCUAAUAGUGCAUUAGAGGGUCACGUAAACCGACAAUCUGUGUUUUUGGAUGGAAGACAAUCUGUAUUUAUGGAUGGUAGACAAUCUGUGUUUAUGGACGGUAGACAAUCUACACUGGAUUUUAAUACAAGUCGUGCAUCUGUGUUCUACAAUACGCCUAAUUCGACUUCAGCACGAUUUAUGGGGACAUUGGAUACACCCCGUCGCUCCUCUAUCAAUUCAGCGUCAGAUGCGACUAACACUACAAGCGAUUCUAUGGGAGGUCCCGUGUGUCCAUUACCUUUAUCCCGUCAUGCUGUCAGACAACCCCCUUCUGAUUAUAUGCCAUUUCAUUUUCCAUUAGCGCAUACUGUGUGUUUGGUGACGUGUUAUUCAGAGGGAGAAGCUGGUAUUCGUAUCACUUUGGAUUCCAUUGCGACCAGUGAUUAUCCCAACAGUCAUAAACUCUUACUGGUGAUUUGUGAUGGUUUGAUUACGGGUUCCGGCGAGACGAAAUCGACACCGGAUAUCUGUGUGGGUAUGAUGCGUGAUUUAUUGGUGCCAGCAGACCAAGUGGUAGCCAAUUCAUAUGUGGCGUUAGCUGAUGGCUCACGACAGAACAAUAUGGCUAAAGUAUACGCGGGUUAUUACAAGUAUGAUGACAGCUCAGUGGAUCGAGCUCAUCAACAACGAGUUCCGAUGAUUACGAUUGUCAAGUGUGGUACAGCGCAAGAACAAAGUGAAGGGGGUAAAUCGGGUAAUCGAGGUAAACGUGAUUCGCAAAUCAUCUUGAUGCAGUUCAUGCAAAAAGUCAUGUUUGAUGAACGCAUGACCAUGAUGGAGUAUGAGUUUUUUAACGCGAUAUGGCGAAUUUGUGGUGUCCCCCCUGACGCUUAUGAAAUUGUAUUGAUGGUAGAUGCAGACACCAAAUUGUUUCCUGACGCGCUUUCGCGUUUAAUUUCGUGUGCGGUGAAAGAUCCUGAAAUCUCUGGACUGUGUGGUGAGACCAAGAUUGCGAAUAAGACGGAUAGUUUUGUGACGAUGAUGCAGGUGUUUGAAUAUUAUAUCUCCCAUCAUCAGAGUAAGGCAUUUGAAUCUAUUUUCGGUGGCGUCACCUGUUUACCCGGUUGCUUUUGCAUGUACCGUAUUAAGGCACCCAAGGGACCAGAUGGUUACUGGGUCCCGAUUUUGGCGAACCCGGAUAUUGUGGAAAGGUACUCUGAGAAUGUGGUGGAUACAUUGCAUAAGAAGAAUCUAUUGUUGCUUGGUGAAGAUCGUUACUUGUCAACACUCAUGCUACGUACAUUCCCUAACCGCAAAAUGAUGUUUGUUCCACAAGCAGUAUGCAAGACGGUAGUACCAGAUACGUUUAUGGUGCUGUUAUCACAGCGAAGAAGAUGGAUUAAUUCAACCAUUCAUAACUUGAUGGAGUUAUUGUUUGUCCAUGAUUUAUGCGGCACAUUUUGCUUCUCUAUGCAAUUUGUGAUUUUUAUGGAACUGGUGGGCACAUUAGCUUUGCCUGCAGCCAUUUCAUUUACACUAUAUUUGGUGGUGAUGGCAUGUUUAGGCCAGCCCUCUUUAAUUCCGUUGAUCCUAUUGGCUUUAAUUCUUGGUUUGCCUGCAGUUUUGAUUGUGAUGACAAGUCGUAAAAUAGUGUAUGUAGGAUGGAUGCUUGUUUAUUUAAUCAGUUUGCCCAUUUGGAAUUUUGUGUUACCUGUGUAUGCUUACUGGCACUUUGACGAUUUUUCGUGGGGUGAUACGCGUAAAGUUGCCGGUGCCAACAAAUCGGACAAAAAAGGAGGCCAUGCAGAUAAAAGUGGCGAGUUUGAUAGCAGUGUUAUUAUUAUGAAGAAGUGGAGUGAGUAUGAAAAGGAAAGAAGAACGCGUGAGGCUCUAGAUCGCAAUCUGCCUGUCCCACGUUUUGUGGAUAGACCGGGAUCAACAGUGGACGUAUUUCGAGAUUCAGUUCAUAAGCGUACCAGUAAAGGCUCUGCGGGUUCCAAUGAUAGUGAUGCACCCUUGACGGCCGGUUAUACACGAGAACGUCAGAUCACUCAAGGAUUAGCGAUACAAGAACAUGCCAUUCAUAUCAGCGGUAACAAUAAAAAUGGAGAGUCCCAAUCUUCGAAUGAAUCGGUUGGUCCCGAUAUCCCGCUUACUAUGCUACACCGGAACUCAUCGCAAGAGUCCUUUCAAAGGCCUGCUCCUCGUGCAAACUACAAUGCUGCACUGGUAAAUAACUUUGCGGAAGAUGAUCUUUAUAGUCCAAUGUGGUCUGAUCCAGCCCCUCACCACCAUCAUCAUCAACCCUUUGCCGACGAUGAUGAUGAGAAUGACAAUGACGAUUCUUUACAAGACACAAGACCUCCUUAUAAGACAAAUAUACCUCAUGAUUAUAGCUAAUCGAAUUAAGAAAUAGUAACAUACGUUUUUUUUUUCUUUCUCUUUGUCUCUCUCUAUUUCUCUCUUUUUGGCAUAUUCCUGGUUUUGGCAUAGUACCCGCUUCCCAGUUCACUUCUUAUCUCCUUUCCCCUGUACUUUUUUAUAACAUGAUUUUUAAUACACACAUAUAUAUUUUUACUGUAUUAUUUGCUUCCUGUUAAUAACAAAUAGUGUGUGUUUUCUGGAACUUCGUCUUGUUACCUGGUACACAAUAAUUUGGAG